GCUCUUGCCUCUGCCCUCCUGUUUGCUAGUUCCUUCCAUCAUGCUAACCUGGACAACUGUGUUUUCGGACUAAAACACAGCCUAAUGUGGUGAUUGAGGGAAGUCUGUAGUUAGCGGCAGGUAACUGGCGUGCGUUACUCGUGUCUUCGUUUACUGUCACUACGAAUUUUAAAUGGAAAAUUACUAAAAGCACAAGCUGUCCCUGAUACUGGCUAAGAUAACUAGCAGAACUUAAUGCCCAGCUCUUUUGAAAGUUAGUAAGUAGCCGAGCUAAGGCAACAUAGGACUAGCAUUACAGGAUGCUACGUCAACCAAUAUUUGCUCAUACUGUAACUAUUAUGUACGAGUUUUCAUUCCUGGUGUGACGUUACCUGCGGAUCUGGACUGUUUUUAGCAAACAAACGGACGAGGGCACUGAGGGACACGCUCAUCUUUUUACUCCUCUCCUGUAUCCCCUUCUUUCUUUUCUUAUGGAGGCUAAAGCUUGCCUUCCUUUUCUCCAGCAUCAUUCCCUGCUGUUGUGUGUUUUAUGAUCUCCUUGCUGCAGCAGUGGUGAAGAUCAGCCCUCCAAACCCAGUAUGGCAGUCUGUGUGAAGGCUGCGUGUUGUGGUGUGGAGAUGAAACUACACAGGGUGCUGCGGGCUGGCUGUAUGAACUGCCCUAGGAUGCAUCAACCAUUUGGUGCGAACUUUUAUCCAAUGCGCCUUUUCAGUUCUGUUAGUCCUUUUUCCUCAAGAAUGGGUGGGACUCGAACCCUCAUCCUUUGUAGUGCUCGUAGAGUGCUCUACCCACUGAAGUACACUGUGCCACUUGGAAAUAGGAAACUAGGAUUGUACAGCAGAAGCUACAGUGAUGUUAGUUCAAAAGCAUUCUGCAGUCAAACAAUGCCUGUGUCAAGAUGUCAACCCUGGUCAUCUCAGUCUGCUGCGGUGAGAAAGGAGAACCUGCUGCAAGGAGGUGCAACGUGGCCUGUGUCGUUUAUCCGCCGCAGAGUGACAGACGCCCCUGUUUCCAGUGUGCCUCCAUGUUUUGUAGUGAUGAAGUUUGACCAAGAGGGAAAUGUGACAUCAUUUGAGAAGAAGAAAACGGAGCUUUGCCAGGAGCUAAGUCUUCAGGCCAGAGACCUUCGCUUUCAGCACAGUACCAGCCUCACUGCUAGAAACAACUGCAUUAUCAUACGAAUGGAGUCUUUGAAAGCCAUCGUGACCCCACAGUCCCUUUUGGUGUUGGAUUUUCGUGGUCUUGGAUUAGAACGUUGGUUGGUCCUGGACCUGGCCCCUCAGCUAGCAUCACAGACACACUCUCUGCCCUUCGAGUUCAGAGCACUGGAGGCCAUACUGCAGCACAAGGUAAACACUCUACAAGCUCAGCUGAAUGAUGUCGAACCAGUAAUAUUGGACACAUUGGAAUCCCUAGUGGAUCCUAAAAUCCUUUCCGCUGAUAGAAGUAAACUACAUAUACUACUGCAGAACAGUAAGAGCUUAUCAGAGUUGGAGACGGACAUAAAAGUUUUUAAGGAUUCCUUGCUGAAGAUUUUGGAUGAAGAGGAGAUCAUGGAAGAACUCUGUCUGACCAAGUGGACGGACCCAAGAGUUUUUGAAGAGAGCAGUUUGGGUAUUGACCACGCUGAGGAGAUGGAACUGUUACUGGAGAAUUACUAUAUGCAGGCUGAGGAGCUUGGGAACAAGACCAGAGAGCUAAAAGUGCUGAUAGAUGACUCUGAGAGUGUCAUCUUCAUCAAUCUGGACAGCCAUCGUAAUGUGAUGAUGCGCCUGAAUCUGCAGCUGACGAUGGGGUCCUUCUCCCUUUCCUUAUUUGGUCUGAUAGGGGUGGCCUUUGGAAUGAACUUGACAUCGUCCUUUGAAGAGGACCCUCGUGUUUUCUGGCUGGUAACAGGCUUUAUGUUCUUGGGCAGCGGGCUGAUAUGGAGACGACUGCUCUCAUUUCUGGGACGACAUCUAGAGCCUUCCGUACCCCCACUAAUCCCUCCAGUUUGGAAGAGAAAUAUGAAAGCAUCAGACGUCAAGGCGGGAGUCAGAUGAUGUUCUACCUCCGCCCUGUAAAAUGCCACAGACCUCCUACAGACUCUACAGCUUUAAAGACGAUUGUUUUACCCCCCUGGACCUCCUGAAUUCUCUACAAAGGCUGGAAAUGUUCAUUGUUUUACUCUUCCAUGACUACAGCAGAGACUGAGACUGCAUCAAAAUGUCUGGAGACUCCAAUGUGUUAUGUAUCCUUCUGUGUACCCACCAUUUCUUGUACUAUGUUGGGGUUAUUUCAGAUACUUGAUUCGAUGUCUUCAUGUCUAAUCAUAUCAUAUCUUCAUAUAUGUGGAUAAAACAUGUGGGCACAGAGUAUUAAUCUGUCAUCACUGGUUUUCAAGCAGUGGAUGGAUGCGUGGGCGAGUGGCAGCAUUGGAACUGAAACAGAUCAUCUACAAACAACAAACUAAUAUGACAACCACCUUACAUGCAGUUGUACGUUCCCUCAUUUCAUAGGUGAAAAAAGCGUGUUCAAAGGAUUAAAUCCUACUAAUUUAAUUUAAAUAAAUGUGAACCAAAUUCA